AAGUUCAAAUUAAACAUGAUUGGUGUGAUAUCUCCUCCACUCCUUGGUCGAGAGAGAGAGAGGGACAUGGCUGCCUCUCAGAGCCCAUCAUCUCUCCUUUGCCCUACCACUUUUGAUGGCGUCCUCGCUUCCUCUAAAACCCUAGUACGUUUUCCAUUCAUGAAAAACCCUAGAACUAGGGCCCUCUUUCUCUCCCCUCUCUCUGCAUCUUCAAAUGAUUCUUCAGCUAGGCUGGAAGAUGGUGCAGAGGUUCCAGACGUUGUAAAGCUCGCUCUUGAGAGAGCCAAGGCCUACAAAAAGUCCAAAGAAGGAAACCGUAAUCCUAAAUCCAUCCCCAACUCGGUACUCAACGAGAAGCUUGAUUCGAAACCAGUUGAUUCCCUGGCCAAAAAAAUUGAAAAUGCGAGCUUAGAAGGUGAUGCGCAAGUCCCAGAUGCUGUUAAAAUGGCGUUACAGAGAGCUGUUGAGUACCGGAAGGGAAAAAGGGAGAGAGGAAAAGGAGUUGAAGGCCCAUCGAGUGUUUCAAAAUCUGAGGCGGCAAUGCCAGGGUCUCAGGGACAAAGUUCCCUAGGUGGAUUGAAGGAGAGAGAUGAAGUAGAAGAGAAAUCAGCUCUCAAGGAUGAUGCUGAAUUCAUGAGUGUUAAGAGGGGAAUCCCCGAACAGGAAGGAACAAUUUCUCGCAUUGAUUUUAUGGGGCUCGAUUUUUCAGAUAAGAAGAACUACAGGGGCUUACCUCCCGGUUUGGUCCCAGUAUCCGAACCAUUUCCUGAAGGUGAGAUCCCUGACGUGGAGAUCAUAGUUGGUGACACGUCAAAAUUUGGAAUGAAAACUGAAACAGUCGAGGAAGACAAUAGUUCAGAUUUGUACAAGCCAAAGGUUUCAACAUGGGGAGUGUUUCCAAGGCCAAGUGACAUAUCAAAAACUUUUGGUGGAGGCAGAGUAAUCCGCCCUGGAGAGGUGCUUGAAACAAAAGAAGACAAGGCUGAGAAGCAAGCUCGAACUAGACAAUUACUUGCUGCCUACAAGAAUAAGAUGGGUUUGAAUGUCGAUCCGAAGACAAAAGCUGAAUGUGAAAAGGCUUUAAAGGAUGGUGAUUGCUUGAUGGAACUUGGAAAACUUAAAGAUGCACUAUCAUACUAUGAGAAAGUAAUGAAGAAUCUAGUGUUUCAGAGCGAACUCCAUGGAUUUGCCGCACUGCAGUGGUCGAUAUGUCAAGAUUCAUUAAGUAGGGGACAAAAGAUAAAAGAUCAAGGAUCUAGUCCCACAUGGAGGCCAGCUCUACUAUUCCAUAGAUGUGCCACCGAAUCUGCAACCCACUUGCCACCCUUGGUGCAUGCUGUAAAAUCCUCCGAAUUUGCGAAUACCGCUACUAUAGUAUUACAGGAAGAAGAGGCCUACUACGUGUCGAAGGAGGCCCAAAUAAUGUAUGAGAAGCUUCAGAACCACCCUAAUGUGCAAGUGAGCAAGAAAGCAAGACAAUUCAUUUUUGGGUUCGAGGCAAUGGAAAUGAUGAAAAUUAGUAGCUCCCCAAUUUCUCCCAAGGCAACUGGUUACCAGAAUUAUUUUGAAGCAUUUGUUGAAGAUACGCCCACUUACUCAAUUGCCGAAGAAGAAGAUGGUGCAUUGAUACAGGCCAUUAUCCCCUACAUUUGGCUUCUUUUUUCUCCAAUAAUCCUCCUUGCUGUAGCUAUUGCUGCUAGAAAAGUUAUCUAAUUUACAGAUCCAUAACAAAAACCUGUGCGACAUAAAUGCCAUCCCUAUUAUACGGUUACAUCAAAUGAAUUAGUCCAUGUCCUCUCUUGUAAGGUUUAUCAAUUCAUUAAUUUGUUCUUCCCCCGAGGGAACUUAUCCGUGAUUGAUGAAUCCGUGGCAUAGGAGUCUGUCUUUUUUUAUAGCAUAUUGAGUACAACUUGUAAAAUAUUCCAAAUAUCAUGACUUUCUCAUUUGAAGUUGAUGAGAUGGGUCAUUUGGAGUCUGCAUCAUCAAUGAGAUGGGAGAAGCAGCACCUUGAAUGCAACAA